UAAUUUUAUAACAUAAUUCUAUGAUAUAAUAUACUAGGUUUGUUGCGUUGCUUGAAAUCCCUAAAAAUGUUUGCAUUUAAAAAGGGAUAAAUAUAUAUUCAGGCGUUGAAAAGAGAGAGAACGACGAUGUUAAGUGCAAGCAACGCGGACAAACCAAAUAACGCACUACAUGAACACGGAGCUCUCUGUCUACUAUUGUCCUGUUGGUCAAAUUUUGAAGCAUAAGGGGAGAAAGAAAGAAAGAGAGAGAGAGAGAGCGAGAGAGAGAAGAAUGAGUGCAAGUGCAAAGAAUAAACGAGAAAGUGCAAGUAAAAUUGAUAGUAAAUGUGUGUCACUUGUCAGUUGUUGUUUAGAAUGUAAAUAAAAACGUAGUAACGUAUAAUUUGAGUUUAACACAGACGAGAUUCACGAUUAUGGUCAAUCUGGAUGAAUAUAGAGAGAGUGUACGACAACUCAAACAAUAUGCGGCCGUUCACAAUGUAUCGGAGGCGCAAACGUCGGAAAUAUUUCAAGCUUGUUUCCGACAAUUGGAAGCUAAGUACUCGAAAAAAUCGAAGAAACAAUCGAGAUCUCUGCGAAUUAUCUUAUCACUCGUUUUUAUCUCCAUCAUACUGUUAUGCUUAUGCCAAAGCUGGUUAAACGUUAUAUUUAUAAGAAUCUCGCAAAACUCCAUUUAUCCCACUUUAUAUACAUUGCGUAAAGCGGCUGUACCAAUUGUCAGCCUAUAUCCGUCGCUAUCUGAAUUAUACGACGAAUGGUGCUUGAUAGAGAAUCCAUACUUCUACGUCAACGAUAUGGACUGCUGGCCUUGCACUGUGGUCCAUUCUGUACUAGAUUUAACUGGUCACAAUAUCAGUAGAUCCUUUAACAUCGGUAUACCAUAUACUAGAGCAGAAAAUAAUACAACUGUCAAGAUGAAAGAUCUAGUUAAUUUAUAUUGGAGCAACCAAGAUGUCUUUGAUGAAGAUGCUAAAAGAAUUUUUUCUACCAAUGAAACUUUUAAAACUAUCCAUGAUGUUAUGGAUAAUAGAUUGGAUAUCUUUCACACUGCUUCUCUUUCUACUCACAUAUCUUGGAGAAUAAAUCGUAUGAAGCCCAAUAGAAUACUCCGAAAGUUAUUUCCAAAGCCAGCGGAGACUCCAAAUUGGUGGAGUCAAGGCACAGAGAAAUAUAUUUUCAUUGACGAGUCGGAAUCACCGGCUUAUCCAUUGCCCAAUCCUGAGUGUAGCAAUAUUGUGAUACGAUGCGUAGCCGGUGCAAGACUGAUAAAAAUGACACCAAGCUCGGAAUGCGUUCAACAUUGUAGAUCUUCAACCAUCUUAUUGUCUGCUGGACAUACAUUAUGGUACAAUUGGUGGUAUUGGAGACCCGUGAGUCUACCAGUGUAUAAUGCUACUGCUCUUUCUAUUGGUUAUUUAACUUCGUUUUGUUAAUAUCACCGAU